UUCCCAUUCCCAUCCUAUUCCUAUAGAAUAGUUUAGAAUCCUGCGCCCUCACUGUUCAUCCGACAGGGACUCACUCGUUCCCUUCCGCGGCUUUUUAACUUUGCAGAUCAAGAGAAUCGCACAACAGAGACUAGUAAUUUGCUGUUUGUUUCCAAACGCGGAGAGAUCAGCGAAUGCUAAACUCCACCCCAAAUUCCCCAUCUGGGUCGUUGCCUUGCACUGUUAAAUUGUCGUCUUCAAUUUUGCUGUCCAAGUGUUUGUUUGAUUGUCUGAGUUAGCUCAUCUGCUCUGUUCCUGAGCUCAGUUUGUUCUACUUUAUUGUUUGUUUUCUUCAAGUGGAUUCUAGAGUUUCUGUGCCUGUCGUUGGUGGGUUUGUCUGAAAUUGUAUUAUUUUGCCCCCCUAAUUUGAGGGCAUCUAUUGGGGAUUUGGUAAUCUCAGGGAGGGAUUUUGGGGCAGAAUAUAGCAACUCUUCUUUAUUUAGUUCCGUACCUUCUUCUGUAGAAUUCAUUCAUGUACCUGCCUGUUUGUUGCUUUCCCUGAUAUGGAAAGAUUUUCAAUUUGUGAGCCGAUAGUCGUUUGAUAAAUUUUGGGGAGAGAGAGAGGGGGAGAGGGUGAGUGAGAAUAUGGGAUCUGGGAAUAUGUUCUACCCUGUGGUAGAGUUCAAUUUGGAUGCUAAAUGGUUGGUUGAUCCGAAGCUUCUUUUUGUUGGACCGAAGAUUGGAGAGGGUGCUCAUGCCAAAGUCUACGAGGGAAAAUACAAGAACCAGAAUGUUGCCAUUAAAAUUGUCCAUAGAGGGGACCACCCGGAGGAGAUUGCAAAGAGGGAAGUUCGGUUUGCAAGAGAGGUCGCAAUGUUAUCUAGAGUCCAACACAAGAAUUUAGUGAAGUUCAUUGGAGCUUGCAAAGAACCUGUCAUGGUGAUCGUGACUGAACUUUUACUUGGUGGGACAUUGCGAAAAUACCUACUGAAUAUGCGGCCAAGAUCCUUGGAUAUUCGUGUUGCAAUUGGCUUUGCUCUUGAUAUUGCUCGUGCAAUGGAAUGCUUACACUCUCAUGUGAUCAUACACCGUGACCUAAAGCCAGAAAACCUACUCUUAACAGGAGACCACAAAACUGUUAAACUUGCCGACUUCGGUUUGGCAAGAGAAGAGUCAUUAACAGAGAUGAUGACUGCUGAAACUGGAACCUAUCGAUGGAUGGCCCCAGAGCUUUACAGUACGGUUACUCUGAGGCAUGGAGAGAAGAAGCAUUAUAACCAUAAGGUGGAUGCCUACAGCUUUGCAAUUGUACUGUGGGAGCUGAUACAUAACAAGCUACCAUUUGAAGGCAUGUCAAAUCUGCAGGCAGCAUAUGCAGCUGCUUUCAAAAACGCGAGGCCUAGUGCUGAUGAGCUUCCUGAAGACCUGGCUUUAAUCGUGACUUCGUGUUGGAAAGAGGAUCCAAAUGCUCGGCCCAACUUCAGCCAAAUAAUACAAAUGCUUCUCAAUUACUUGUCGAAGAUUUGCCCGCCAGAGCCGGCCAUCCCAGCCCGGAUCUUCGUUUCUGAGAAUGCUGUCUUGCCACCAGAGUCUCCCGGUACAAGCUCCUUGAUGACUGUAAGAGACGACUCUGCAGAAGCAAUGCCAAAAACCCCGACAGAAAACAAGCCAAGAGGAUUCUUCUUCUGCUUCGACCAAUGCUACUGAUGUGAUGAUCCCCAAAGGGGCACCACACAGCCCAACCCAACCCAACCCAACCCUUACCCUUACUCUGUGAAGACUAAAGAAGAGGUACUCCUACUAGAGAUGCAUUUAGUGAAAUGAAGCUGUUAAAUAAUAAUAAUAAUAAUAGGGUGGAAAUAUUAAUUACCCAGAAAUCUUCAUAUAGGAAGAUAGGAUGUUACAGUCUUAGCUGCCAUGAAAAGCACUAAUUAUUAUAUCUACAUUCAACGUGACCUACCUGGUUGGGUCUGACUGAAAUGCAAGAAGAAGAAGAAGAAGAAGGAGGAGGUGGUGGUUUAGUAGAGAUGUGGAGCUGGGAUGGGGUUGCUGUGAUGUCAUGAUAUUGAUGAGGUUUCAUCCAAAGGCCGCCUUCUUGCUCCAUCCAUGUUUACUGCUGCAACUCUUCUCCUUUCCUUUCAUG